CGCGUGUGAUCCUGCGGGUCCGGCACUCCCGGUCCUCGCCACUCCCCAACCCGGAGGGGCCCGGGCUGCAGGGAACCGCCCCGAGCCGCUUCCACACGCCUCGGGGACGGGCAAACUCUCACCUCCGGCCUUGCAGCUUCCCCCGGCCCUGAACCCCUUCCCAGACCCUGAAACUCUCCCCCAGGUCACCAGAAUCCCCCGAAUCUGCGGGGUGGGGUGCGGCGCCAUGUUCGGCUCCUCCCGGGGCGGGGUCCGGGGGGGCCAGGACCAGUUCAGCUGGGAGGAUGUCAAGACAGACAAACAGCGUGAGAAUUACCUGGGGAACUCCCUGAUGGCGCCGGUGGGGCGGUGGCAGAAGGGCAAGGACCUGACCUGGUAUGCCAAGGGCAAGAAGGACACGGGCCCCCCGUUAUCCCGGGAGGAAGAGCUGGCUGCUGUCCGCCUGGCCGAGCAGGAGGCCAUGAUGGCAGCACUGGGCUACAAGAGCUUGAAGAGGCAGCCCACGGGCCUCAGCAAAGAGGACCUGGCUGAGGUGUGCAAGAGGGACGGCGCCGAGCGCGACGAGAAGGACGUGGAUCGGGUGGUGGGUCUGGGCAGCUCCAGUGGCAGCGCUGGCCGGGUGAUGCUCUCCAAGGAAGACAGAGAGGCGGCCAAGAUGGGGCUCUCGGUCUUCACGCACCAGAAAGUCUCCAGCAGCCCAGAGACAUCUGUCUCCAAGAAGAAGCAGGAAAAGGAGGAGAAGGUGGAGGAGGAACGACCUGACAGCAGCAAAAAAUCCAAAAAGGAGAAGAAGAAGGAGAAAAAGAACAAGAAAAAGAAGAAACAUAAGAAGGAGAAGAAGAAGGACAAGGAGAAGCAUUCCAGGAAGGAUGCUGCCCCAUCAUCCUCCGAUUCUUCCCCGGAUCGGGAUAAGAGGCACCACCGCAGGAAAGCGCAGCAGCGCUCGGAGGCGCCGCGGCACGGCAGCCGGCGGCGGCACGACACGGAAUCCUCGGCCAGCAGCGGCGGCCGCGGCCGGAGCCCCGCCCGCCGGCGCAGCCGGAGCAGGGACGGCCGCGGCCGCCACCCAUCCCCGCGGCGGAAGGGCAGGAAGAGGAGCAGGUCCCGCUCCCCCCCGGCCCGCGGGGCCCGGCAGCGCCACGACACCGACUCGGAGGACUGAGAGGGAGCCUGGGGCUGUUUCAGGGACAUCUUCCAUAGAUUUAUAUUUUUUAAGGUGAUUAAAUUAAAAACGCCGCAGCCCCGCGGGUACCAGGGCUGUCUGGCAAAGGGCAUUAAAGUGCCAGCGGCCCCUUCCCUGCCCGCCCAGGGGCAGCAGCAGCGGGUGUGGGGGACAGCAGGGCCUGGGCACCCUUCUCCUCGCUCCCUGAAAUCCAUCCAGGCAGGAUUGAGCACGGAGCAUGCUGUGGGUGAGGGCUGGUGCUGGGGUGGUUCUGGCUGUGGUGCUGAAAAUGCUGUGGAUACCUCGUGUGUAUGGAUAGAGACUUUGGAAGAGAUUAUUAUUCUUAUUAUUA